GUGAGCCCUCAUCCUGCUAAGGCGAAGUUGGCCAUCCAGACCAGAUCUCAGCUCCUGGGCACCUCAGCUUGGAGCCAUGUUGUCCAGGCCUGCAAUGCUCAUCCUUGCUCUGCUGUUGCUGUCGUCACUGGCUCAGGGAGGGAUCGGCCAGAAACGGAGACAAUACUUAGUAGCACAAGGUCGCCCUGUUCUCAGGGAGUGUGAGAGGUCGCCAAUGAUGAAUGAGUGUAAGCACCACUGUGAAGCUGACCAAGACUGCCAAGCAAAUAACAUAUGCUGCUUAGCACCGUGCGGGAAUAUCUGUGUGAGCCUGGUGGAUAAUAGAAUAUGGGAAGAGUUUGAUGCUUCCCCUGCAACUCCCCCUACAGAGGAAGAAUCUUUCUCCACCGGCUCGUUUGAAGGAGAUAUGGCUUCCACCUCGUCAUUUACCCCCAUGGCCAUUCGGAAAUAAACAAGAAUAAAUGUCGUGACAACUGUUAGUUUUGGAGGGCCCUAAAUAAGGAUACUAAAAUAGAAGCCAUCUUAAUAUUCCUACUGUAUUCUUAGAGACUAACAGUUAAGUUUCUAUUUCUCUGUUCCUGCUUAUCUUCCUGUACAGCAUAUUUUCAAGGCCUGCAGUCCAGACUCACCCAGCUGCAGACUUGUGUCCUUGGAACAUACCCUGCCAAGGAAAACUUCUGCUCCCCCGCCCUUCUGCUAUCUGCCCUACUUAAGCCCUCUUGAUACUUUUAAUAAAAGAGACUUGAUCCAGAA